AGCAUUCCAACUUGAGUUCCCUUGAAGAUGUAUAGACUUGCAGCUGUUAAUCUUCUCCUCUGCACCUUUGCUUAUCUACUUCACACUGGUUCAAUCUCAUUUCUCUUUCUCUCUCAAUUUCUUUUUGUAAGGAUGUUUUGAACCUAGUGAUCCAACAAACAUUAAGUUCUAGUAACUCGAUUAAAGCUUGACUUGUUUGCUAUGAUUUGCAGGAUGGGCAGUGAAAUGUUCGAGCAAAGAUGGUCCGUCAGUGCAGCAGACGCAAACAGGGUUCGGAAGGCCUCCAACGUUCAUGGUAGAAGUGCAGAACAAGUGUCCUACAUGCCCAGUUAUAAACGUUCACUUGAAAUGUGGAAGCUUUUCUCAGGCUCUUGUAAAUCCCAGAUUGCUCAAAGUGGUUGCCUAUGGAGAUUGUGUAAUCAACAGCGGCCUUCCGUUCCAACCAUUGCAGAAAUUUUUCUUCAAUUACACUCAUCAAAAGUACCUCAUGCAUCCUAGUACUUGGAACUUCCAGUGUGAAUGAUCCCUUCUUGAAGAGUCGAACUUCUAACCCUAAGUCCCUGACCUAGCCUUAAGGUUUUAAAGUUUGUGGGUUCAAAUUUUCAAAUGUAGUUCAAGUAUCAAUAUUUCGAGGUACAUGCGUGAAUGCAUACUUCAAAAAAUGCAGCAUUUCCUUCAACUGAGCUUAGCAAGAUACAAUACAAUACCCCCACCUCUUUCUUUGAAUGAUGGCGGCCAUAUCAUAUAGCAUGUCUAAAAUUUAGGAAGAAUAGAACAAAACUUCAACA